AUAUAUGACUAUGACCCUAACCAAUCCCAAUACCUCACCCACCGUUUCAUUGGUUAUAUAUAUUCUUCUCCCUUCCCCACUCUUCAAACACAAAAUCUUAUCUUAGCUACCACAAUUCUAAUAUCUAACAUAUCCUAUUACCAAUCACACACAUGGGAGAGCAAAAGAUUGAAACCGAGAAGAAAGCUGAUGAAGGAGCAAAGAAAGAAGACAGUCCUCCUGUUCCUGUCGUUUACAAACUCGACUUACAUUGUGAAGGAUGUAUUAAGAAGAUUAAACGAAGUGCUCGUCAUUUCGCCGGUGUUGAAACCGUUAAAGCAGAUCUACCUUCAAACAAAGUGACAGUUACCGGUAAAUUUGACGCCGUUAAAUUACAAGAGAAAUUGGCUGAGAAAGCUAAGAAAAAGGUUGAACUUCUCACACCGCCGCCAAAAAAAGACGCCGGAGCCGAGAAACCGGCGGAGAAAAAACCCGACGAGAAAAAACCGGAGGAGAAGAAAGUUGAGGAGAAAAAGCCUGAAGAGAAAAAACCUGAAGAAAAAAAACCUAAAGAGAGUACGGUGGUUAUGAAGAUCAGAUUGCACUGUGACGGUUGCAUUACGAAAAUUAAAAGAAUCAUUAUGAAGUUCAAAGGAGUUGAAACGGUGAACCUAGAUGGAGACAAGGAUUUAGUAACAGUGAAAGGAACAAUGGAACCAAAGGAUUUGAUAGAGUAUCUGAAAGAGAAGCUGAAGAGAAACGUUGAUAUUGUUCCACCUAAGAAAGAAGAAGAGAAGAAAGAAAAGGACGGUGGAGGAGAAAAGAAAGAGAAGAAGGAAGAUGAGAAGAAAGAAGAGAAAAAAGUGGACGGUGGAGAUGCGGCGAAGGUGGAGGUUAAUAAAAUGGAGUAUCAGUAUCCGAUACAAGCUCCGAUGUAUUAUUAUGAAGGUCAAAGUAGUAAUUAUGCUGGUAUGGAUCAAUUUCAUCAUCAAUCUGGUUAUGGUGGUGGUUAUGAUAAUAAUCAACAUUAUAUGGAGAAUAAUGGGUAUAUGAAUAUGAAUCAUGGUGGUGGUUAUCCUAUGCAGCCACCUCAAGUACCGUAUUACAUGCACCCUAGUCAUCCACCUCCUCAGAUGUUCAGUGAUGAGAAUCCCAAUGCUUGUUCUCUCAUGUGAUAAUUUUUUGAUUGAGUGUGUAUACACUUAUGCACGAACUUGAUACGUAUGCAUGAUGAAUUUUGUAAAUAAAGUACGUAUAUAGUAUUAAUUCGAGACUCUAGAGAGAAAAUUUUCUGUAUUACAAAUUUUACUUUAUUAACUAAUCAUAUAGAGAAAUUUUAUGAUAUAUGGUAGAAUUAUAUGUUGGUAUUAUUAUUAUCAUAUAGAGAUAAAUAUAAGACUGGUUCAGCUGGCUGGAGAAUCCUGUCCAGAUUUAUUCUGUUAA